UUAGUAAUGAGCCAAAAGUUACUUUAUUGGAACUUCAAGAUUUAACUCAAUACAAUACGGUAUAUAUGUCAGGUUAUAAAAAUGGCACAGUAGUUUUAUUUAAUAAGGAAAUUAAUUCAAAUUCAUUUAGAAUUUCUUGUGGGCUUUAUUCGGCACAUAUAAUGAUGACAAAUUUUGAAAAUGCCACAUUUGGAAAGCUCAAAAUCGAAAAAGGAUUUUUAACUCAAAAACAUCCUUUUAAUUUUACUGUACCUUAUUUGGCAAUUGCAUAA